CCCACUUCCAAAAUGUGCCUCUCUCCAUCGCAACCACGACAACUGACCCCAACCCAAUCCCCAUCCCCAUAUCAACACAACCAUCGUCACCUGCCCAUCCCCCCUCUCUGUCGGUCCUCCCUCCACUAGUCCAUCCGCCCGUGGACUGUCCCUUCAUAGGACCAACUCGUCAUGUCUUCUCCAGCAAACACUCGUCGUAGGGGUCGCCCUACCAGAGACUCGGCUGUUCCCUCCCCUGCACGCUCAACUCGCUCCCAACAGCAACGCCAGACCAGCAGUCCCACCCCACUGGGUGAUGAACAAUCACAAACAACUCCUCGGGCCUCCCGGCGGCUUAGGAGGGAGGCGCCAGUUCCGUCCUCCUCACCCAUGUUCUUCCAAUCUUCCCCGAUGAAAGGGAACAGCAGCAGCGCAGAGACCCCCGAUGUUCGAAUGGAUGAGCCGAGCUCGCCCAUGAGAGCUUCGUCCACAAUGGAUGAUGGCGAAACAACCCCACGAGGAAAUGCUGCAGCUGCCAUGCGAGACUCGUCCCCAAUCCGAUACGUCUCCAGCUCAAGUCCCACCCGUUCUCAUGGUCGCCAAGCGGGGCGCUCAGACAUCCCCAGCAGCAGCAGUGGUCUUUUUGUCUCCUCCCGAUCAAAUGUCGACGGUCACCGUGGCGCCUCUCGCCGCAAUGACCUUCACUCGGGCGGAUUUGGAUCGACCCCGAGCCGUCGACGCAGGAUAUUCGUGGACGCCAACGGUAUGCCUACUGCCGACGGGGAACCGCGGUCUGAUGCCACCUUCUCGAACAUCCACCCAGAUACCUCAGAGGCCGAGGCCUUGGGUGGCAGCUCGACCCGCGUGAUCUGGGGUACCAAUAUCUCCAUCCAAGAUUCCAUGUCAGCCUUCAAGAACUUCCUCUACAACUUCGCAACGAAAUAUCGACUCUGGGCGGAGGGAGCAACGGAAGAUGAGACCCGUGUUAUGGGAGCUACCGCAGAAGACCGAGAGUAUAUCAACAUGUUGAACACGAUGCGUCAGCUCGGUGUAUCCAAUCUGAAUCUGGAUGCAAAGAACUUGAAAGCCUACCCAUCGACUCUGAAGCUAUGGCACCAGCUCCACGCAUAUCCCCAGGAGAUCAUUCCUCUAAUGGAUCAGACCGUCAAAGAUGUCAUGGUUGAGCUUGCAAUCAAGGAAAUGGAGCGCCAACGGAACCAUUCUCGUCGAAACCACACCCGCUCCCGGGAUCUCAGCUCAGCACCUGCAGUUCCUAGCUCCGAUGCGAUGAUGAGCGAUGCCGCCCCAACUGCCCCUGCGGAGAUUCAGGAUCUCGUCCAGGAGGUCGAGUCCAAAUCUUACAAAGUUAUGCCAUUUGGCCUUGACAAGACAGUCAACAUGAGAGACCUGGACCCUGCUGACAUGGACAAGUUGGUAAGCAUCAAGGGGCUGGUGAUUCGGGCCACCCCCAUUAUACCAGACAUGAAAGAAGCCUUCUUCCGCUGCCAAAUUUGCAACCAUAGUGUUCAGGUUGAUAUUGACCGUGGACGUAUCGCUGAGCCCACCAUCUGUCCUCGUCAGGUCUGCCAGGCCAGAAACUCAAUGCAGAUCAUCCACAACCGCUGUGCAUUUGCCGACAAGCAGGUUAUCAAGCUCCAGGAAACUCCCGACAACAUUCCCGAUGGCCAGACUCCUCAUUCAGUUUCUCUCUGCGUCUACGAUGAGUUGGUUGAUGUCUGCAAAGCUGGUGACCGCGUAGAGGUAACUGGUAUUUUCCGAUGCAAUCCUGUCCGUGUCAACCCCCGCCAGCGCACACAGAAGACGCUUUUCAAGACAUACGUGGAUGUCUUGCACGUACAGAAGAUCGAUCGCAAGAAGAUGGGUAUCGAUGUGUCAACCGUUGAGCAGGAGCUGUCUGAGCAGGCUGCUGGAGAUGCCGAACAGACGCGCAAGAUCACCGCCGAGGAAGAAGAGAGAAUCAAGCGAACUGCUACCCGACCCGAUGUGUACCAGCUUCUAUCUCGAUCGCUGGCGCCUAGCAUCUACGAGGCGGACGAUGUCAAGAAGGGUAUCCUGCUGCAAAUGUUUGGAGGCACGAACAAAACGUUCCAGAAGGGAGGAAACCCACGUUACCGUGGUGACAUUAACGUGCUUCUGUGCGGUGACCCAUCCACCGCGAAGUCCCAACUUCUCCGAUAUGUCCACAAGAUCGCGCCUCGCGGUGUUUACACCAGCGGCAAAGGUUCAUCGGCCGUCGGUCUUACGGCUUAUGUGACUCGCGACCCUGACACCAAGCAGAUGGUCCUCGAGUCAGGUGCUCUGGUUCUCUCCGAUGGUGGCAUUUGUUGUAUUGACGAGUUCGACAAGAUGAACGAAUCGACGCGGUCCGUUUUACACGAAGUGAUGGAGCAGCAAACUGUGUCCGUUGCUAAGGCGGGUAUCAUCACCACCCUGAACGCUCGAACCAGCAUCCUUGCUUCAGCCAACCCUAUCGGUAGCAAGUACAACCCUAACCUCCCGGUUCCGCAAAACAUCGACUUGCCUCCCACUCUGCUGUCCCGAUUUGACUUGGUCUAUCUGGUUCUAGACCGUACGGAUGAGCAGGAGGACCGUCGGUUGGCCAAGCACCUUGUCAACAUGUACCUGGAAGACAAGCCCGAAAACGCGAGCAGCGAGGAGAUCUUGCCCAUUGAAUUUCUCACAGCCUACAUCACCUACGCUAAAACCAAGGUGCACCCUGUGCUUACCCCCACUGCUGGAAAAGCCCUCUCCGAUGCCUAUGUCAACAUGCGCAAACUCGGAGACGACAUUCGGUCGACGGAUCGCCGUAUUACUGCGACUACCCGUCAGCUGGAAUCGAUGAUUCGACUCUCGGAAGCCCACGCGCGCAUGCGCCUUUCCUCAGAGGUGACCGCAGAUGAUGUGGAAGAAGCUGUGCGCCUCAUCCGGUCGGCUAUCAAGCAGUCCGCUACGGACUCUCGCACUGGUCUCAUUGAUAUGGGUCUGCUCACCGAGGGUACUAGUGCAAGUGAGAGGCGCAACCGGGAGGCGAUCAAGCGCGGCGUGCUUUCCGUGGUGGACGAACUGGCCGGCUCAGGCGGUACAGCUCGCUGGGCCGAAGUCUUCCGAGUUCUGAACGAUCAGAGCAGCACCAACCUGGAUAGCAAUCAGUUUAACGAGGCGGUUUACUCAUUGCAAAACGAAGGCAUCGUGAAUAUCCUGGGCGAGGGUGCUCGACGGGGCAUCCGGCGCAGUGGAGGGACGCUUCCUUGAUCCCCCCCCCUCCCUGCCUCAGGGGACUAGAUGAUGAGACUACGAUGCCAUGGACUACAUAAUUUUCGGAUGGGUGCGAUUUCUCUUCGGCCCUUGCUAUGUCGGGAGGACGGUGUCUGGUGUUGGUUCAAUACGUAUGCAGCAGAACAAUGUAUUUAAUGGGCAUCAACGCAACGAGUCUUGUGGGUUUUUGAAAUCAAGCCAAUAUGACCGAGG